AUGGCACAUCUCUAUCCGAAGGCGGAUGCCCUAAGGGGCUCCUUCUUCAGCCCAUCGGCCACGAGCCCUAACUCACAGAUGAAGGCGACGCCUCUCCAGGCUCGUCCCGAGCUCUACGGCGCCUACUCAGUCGUAGACAACGCCAAAGAUAAGGCCGCGAAGCUGAGCAACGAGGCUACCAGGGAGUUCGAGAAGGCCAGCUCCGCAGCCCAGGCCAAGGCUGGAAAGAUUGAGCUCUAUUCCGGAAAGUAUUAUGCGGCGUGUACCUUCGGAGGUCUCAUGGCAUGCGGUCUCACGCACACUGCUGUAACUCCUCUCGAUUUCGUCAAGACUCGCCGCCAGGUCGACUCGAAACUCUACAAGAGCAACUUUGAAGCAUGGGGAAAGAUCUACCGCGCUCAGGGCCUCCGCGGCAUCUUCACUGGCUGGAGCCCAACCUUGUUCGGUUACUCGGCCCAAGGCGCCUUCAAGUAUGGUUGGUAUGAGUACUUCAAAAAGACAUAUUCCGACCUUGCUGGUCCAGAAGCUGCCCACACGUACAAGACCGGUCUCUAUCUCGCUGCCUCAGCCUCGGCUGAGUUCUUGGCCGACAUUGCCCUCUGCCCCAUGGAAGCUGUCAAGGUCCGAAUGCAAGGAGGCUCGCCCAACCCGUACACCGGCGCCAUUGAUGGAUUCACCAAGAUCACUGCAAAGGAGGGCUACGCUGGUCUCUACAAGGGUCUUUACCCCCUGUGGGGCCGCCAGAUCCCCUACACCAUGAUGAAGUUUGCCUCGUUCGAAACCAUUGUUGAGAUGAUCUAUGACCGCCUUCCUGGAGACAAGAGUGAGUACAGCAAGGCUGCCCAGACCGGCGUCUCCUUCACUGGUGGUUACCUCGCCGGUAUUCUCUGCGCUAUCGUUUCCCACCCGGCAGAUGUCAUGGUCAGCAAGCUCAACUCGGUGCGCGAGCCCGGCGAGGCCUUCGGAUCUGCCAUGGGUCGUAUCUACAAGGACAUUGGCUUCGUCGGUCUGUGGAACGGCUUGCCUAUGCGUAUCGUCAUGAUUGGCACCUUGACCGGUCUCCAGUGGAUGAUCUACGACUACUUCAAGAUCUUCAUGGGCUUGCCCACCACUGGUGGUCCCGCGCCGCCGCCAGAGAAGAAAUAG